UUUUUUUUUCGCCUAACAUUAAAGUCGGUCGAGUCUUGCUCUCUGCUAUUUUUUAUACGAGGCUGAAGGAAUGGCGAAGAUUCUCGCUGGUUACCCAGAAAUUUUCUAAUCACUCGCUUCACUUUUCUACUUUCCACCGACGCGUAGGAAGGCCCAUAAAUGAGCAACCGAAGAGGCUCAUUUACAUUGUGUUCUCUGGUAACAUCUUCACUCACUCACACUCCCUCUGUCGCUGCUGAAUUUUCAUUGUCCAAUGGCUUCCACCAGCAACCAAAGAGCCUCUUCUUCUCCUUCUUCUUCCGAUCUGCAGUUUUUAUUCGAUGUGUUCUUGAGCUUUAGGGGCGAAGAUACCCGCAACAGCUUCGUUAGCCAUCUCUACGCGACUUUGCAUCGGAAAGGGAUUAAGACCUACAAGGACGAUGAAAAGCUCGAAAGGGGGAGAGAAAUUUCGCCGGAGCUCCUGAAAGCAAUUGAGGGUUCGAGGUUUUCGAUCAUCGUUUUCUCAGAAAACUACGCUUCUUCGACUUGGUGCUUGGAUGAACUUGCGAAGAUCAUGGAAUGCAAGAACCUGAGGCGGCAAAAAGUUCUCCCCAUUUUCUACAAUGUAACUCCCUCCGAAGUACGGAAGCAAACAGGGAAAUUCGCAGAAGCCUUUGCGAAACACGAAGAAGAGAGAAAGGAGAAGGUGCAGAGCUGGAGGGAAGCUCUGAUCGAAGCUGCCAAUUUGUCUGGGUGGAGUUCACAUGAGCAGGGCAGGGUGCGGAUCAGGCGAUGGCUCUGAGGGUCGCGCCCAGGAGUGAACCGACACUAUGGCUUAAUUAAAGUUGGUGGCCAGAACCAAGUUGAUCAUUAUUAAUAUUAUUUUAAUAAUAAUGAAAGAGUAACGAUUAUAAAUGUAACAUGCAAUUGGACAGGAUUGAUCUAACGUGUUGUCUCGUGCUUAAUUAUUUAUUUAAUUAUAUUAUCUCAUCAUAAUCGAUAAAAUUAUAAUUAAAUUUGAUUCAUCCAAACAUCAAGUUACAACAAUUUGUAUGCAGCUGUUUGAAUGAAGAACUUAGUUUAAGGAGGUUAUGUAGGUAAAGUCAAAAUUUUUAAUAUAUAGGAGCCUUUUGGUUUUGCUUAUUUAAAGCAUUAUGGGAAGCCAUAGUAAUGAGGUUUUGCUUAUUUGC